GAAAAUACCGUUUCGAGAAUAAAGUCGACAUGUCGAAAUCUUGAUUUUUCCAGAAUCAAGUCGGACUUUUGAGAAUAGCCUAAACCAAACUACUAGCUUCUACAAAAUGUAUUAUGAAGGCUAUGAACUCUUGAAAUUAUAGUUCAUAAUUUUAAUAACAAGGAAAUAAUUUCUUUUUUAGCGCAUAAACAUUAGGACUUUGAAGAGAUCGUGCCGAAAACUGCGCCAUCGUACAGUUCGGUGUCUUGCUCAGGGACACCUGGACAUGUGGCCGGACGAGCCUGGGAUUAAACUGCCAACCUUGUGAUGGGGCGACAACUCUACAAACCACCACUGGUGAAAUCUUUCGCCCUGUAAAUAAACCAAUUCAGUGCUCACUGGGCAGCUAAGCAAAGACGGAAGUAGAAAAGAACACGCCAUCUUGCAGAAGCUACAUACUCUUUGGUAGAAGUUUUGCUACACGCACGCAGAUGUCAGCAGAGUUUCUCAAUCUGUCACUUUGCUAGGGGGAGUAGCAGGAGUAGCCUACGUUUGAUGGACUAAGGAAAAAUUGGAAACAGCUACCAUGGCCUUCUGACAACUAUUGUAACCGACUUCCGAUGGACGCUUCGCCCGCUAGCGUAUUGUUAUCACUUUUUAACCGUUAUACCUGUUAGCUUUACUCUUUUCGUUAUUUGACAACUGUGGAGCAAUAACACCCAUGCGCCUGUGCCAGAGGUUAACAUUAACGUUACCAUGCUAACCACCAUUAGCUGCUGCUACUUCACGUAGCGAUGCCCACGUAAAGAGCGGUAAUUCAAUUCUAACAGACGUUUUUUCUUUUAAAGCUACAAAGUCAGCGUCGUUUUGGCCAGUUUCUCGUUCUUGAAAACGAAGCUAUCAAUCUGUGACAGAAAUGGGACUACACCCGCUGGAAUUCAGUGAAUGCUAUCUGGACAGCCCCAGCUUCAGGGAGAAAAUAAAGGCACACGAAGCAGAGCUGGACAGAACUAACAGAUUUAUCAAAGAACUGUACAAAGAUGGGAAAAACCUCAUCAAUGCAACGAAGCAGCUUGGGAUGGCACAACGAAAGUUCGCCCAGUGCCUGGGAGAGUUUCAGUUUGAGUACAUCGGCGACGCAAAGACCGAUGAUGAGAAAUGUAUCGAUGAGUCUUUGCAAGAGUUCUCCUCAUUCCUCAAGAACCUUGAAGACCAAAGAGAGCUGAUGAUGAGAAACAUCACAGAAACCUUAAUGAAACCGCUGGAGAAGUUCAGGAAAGAGCAUCUUGGUACAGUAAGGGCGGAAAGAAAGAAGUAUGAGAAAGAAACAGAGAAGUAUUACAGCUCUCUGGAAAAGCUUCUGAAUAUGUCAGCAAAGAAGAAAGAGCCACAGCUACAAGAGGCAGACGUCCAGGUGGAAACCAUGAGGCUGCACUUUCAGGACGAGUCACUGGACUAUGUGUGCAAACUGCAGGAGAUCCAAGAGAGAAAGAAGUUUGAGUGUGUGGAGCCGAUGCUGGCCUUCUUUCAGACGGUCUUCACCUUUUAUCACCAGGGCUUCGAGCUCGCCAAGGACUUUGACCAUUAUAAAAGAGCACUGCAGAUCAAUAUUCAGAAUACAAGGAGUCGAUUUGAGGGCGCACGGUCAGAGGUGUACGAACUGAUGAAGAGGAUCAGGGAGACACCUCAAGAAUACAGACAGACCAGCCCUAUCAGUUGUGAAGGCUACCUCUAUGUACAGGAAAAACGGCCACCUCCCUUUGGUUCAAGUUGGGUCAAGCGCUAUAGCACUUUUGUCAAAGAGCAGAAAAUUCUGCACAUGGUGACCUUUGACCACCGAUCUGGUGGCAAGAUUGGUGAGACGGAGUCUGUCACGCUCAAAUCCUGUCUCCGCAAAACAACAGACAUGUUGGACAGGAGGUUCUGCUUAGAACUUGACAUAACAGAUCGGCCAGGCACGGUGCUAACAGUACAGGCUCUGUCAGAGGAUGACCACAAGUUUUGGAUGCAAGCCAUGGGUGGGAAGGAACCUAUUGGACACUUUCUUGGGAGGACCUAUUCUAAAGAAAGAGGAAUUGAUGCCCAGCUGGAUGAUGUGGGUUUGAGUUUUAUCAAGAACUCCAUCAGUGCCAUAGAGAAGAGAGGUAUUGAUGACCAAGGCCUGUACAGAGUUGUUGGGGUAAACUCCAAGGUCCAGAAGCUCCUCUUGUUAAUGAUUGAUGAGAAGAGCAACGAAGUGGAUAUGUCCACCAGCGAGGACUGGGACGUUAAGACAAUAACCAGUGCACUGAAGCUUUAUCUGAGGAGCCUUCCUGAGCCGUUGAUGACCUAUGGACUUUACAAAGACUUUAUUAGCCUUGCGAAGGGUGGUAGUCCAGAGUCUCGCAUCCAAGCCGUCCACUGCCUGGUCCACAAACUACCGGAGAGGAAUCGGCAAGUCCUUGGGCUGCUUAUGAAGCAUCUGGCCAAUGUGGCGGCUCACAGUAAACAGAACCUGAUGACCGUGGCCAACCUGGGCGUGGUGUUUGGCCCCACAUUAAUGAGGCCACAAGAGGACACUGUCGCUGCCAUCAUGGAUCUUAAGUUCCAGAACAUUGUGGUGGAGAUCCUCAUUGAGCACAAUGAAAAGAUCUUUGCAGAUGCUCCGGAGUCAUGCCCUUUUUCACCUGCUGGCCCAGUAUUCUCUGCCCCCACAAGGCAGUCCAAGAAGCAGAAUCGACAGAAUCGGCCUCUGGCUGUCUACAAUCCACAAGCCCUAGACAUUCAGAAUGUGUCAGCAGUGGGAGAUGGUUCCAGCCUAGCUACAGAUGAGACAUCAAUGGGCAGCAAUGAGUCUGUAUCGUCCCAGUCAUCGUCAGCCUCGGCCUCAGAGAUGCCUGAGAAGAGUGACCAUGUUCCCCUUAGCAACAGCCUCAGCUCAGGCAGCAACUCUGGGGCCCCCACAGCAGGAGCCUCCUGCUCCAAUACUGGAGCAUCAAGAGAGAGCCAACCUGCUUCCACCACAGCUGCCUCUGAAAAAGAAAAGCCAGAGGAGAGUGUCACCAGCAGGAAAGCCAAAGCAGUGUACCCAUGCGAGGCUGAGCACGACUCUGAGCUCUCCUUCCAGGUCGGCGCAAUAUUCAACGCCGUGACCCAGUCGAGAGAGCCAGGCUGGCUGGAGGGCGAGCUGGAGGGAAAGAGAGGCCUCAUCCCUGAAAACUAUGUCGAGAUGCUGUAGCCCCAAAUGGAAAUAUUUAUGGACUAAGUUAUCACAUCCACCAGGACAAAAAAUAUGCAGACAUGAAUGUGCAUCAACUCUGACAUUCACCUUCAUAGAGCCUCGUUUAUCCAAAUCUCUGAAUUCUCUCAAGCAAGUGACAAUAUGUUAUUACUGGUGGACCAUUCUUGAUGCACAAGUAUAUCCAUUUUUGGCUGGCAAGUAGACGUUUGUGAUCCAUGUGCAAGCAUGUUUCUUUCUUUGAAUUGACUUAUCUACUUGGAUUUCAGCAUUGUAAUCUCAAAAUGGGUUUGCACUUAAAAUAUUCUGCUGUAUACAAAGAUGCUGUAGCCUCUAAACAUCCAGGUAACUUUGCAGCAGCGCUAGAGAGGUCAAAGGCUUCGCUCUCUCCCCCAGUUAUACAUGGUAUCCAUGAGCUCCCAAGUCAAACAGCGAUCCUCAGAAAACUGUAAGGAAGAAUGUCAGCACUCGAGUCACUGUAAUCCGUUUUUGUUAAAGACUGCUUUUGCACCGAAUCCAGCAGCUUUAGACCUUCUCGACAAUGAUGCACAGUGUGUUUUCAGCUUUUAAAAGAUUAGACAUACUGUACUUAACCGUGCCUUAUUCUUUAGAACAGCCAGUGUAAAUGUAUGUACGGGUAUGUAUGAAUGUUACUGCUUUCACUUUUAAAAUGUUGCAUUUGGACAUUCAAAAUUAAGCAUAUCGCUAUUGUAAUUUUAUUUUAUUUUAUUGGCACAUUGAUUGCAUGACUUUUGAAUUAUAAAUACACUCUGUACUGUUUUGUUCUUGGUGCACUCCUUUACAGAAACGCAGUGAAACGCCUCUUUGAUGACUGAUGAGCCUCUCGUGUUAAACACUAGCGUCAGACAGAGUCAGCAGAGGCACAUUUAAAUAGGUAGUAAUGAUUGAAACAAGUGUUUUUUUUUUCCUGUCAAAUGAUCUGUUUUAUUUGUUUUUAAAGCUUUUUUUUUUUUUUUUUAACUUCGCUCAAUUUACUCUGAGCAGAGAAAUGACACUCCCACAAAGUUGAAAUUUUAGUUUUGCAUUAUUUUAUCUUCAACGUCCGUAUAAGUGAUUAGAAAUCAACAUGUUAUAAGACCACAAAAUGCAGUAUUUCAAAGUUUUACAACUGUUGAGUGGUUAUAACCUAAAUAUUAAAAAUAGUUUAUGCCAAGUAUGUUUUACAAGCCUCUGUUAAGUGAUGGACAGGUUUUCAUAUGGAUUGGUUUUAGCAUGUACACGUUGCAUUACAAUGUAUCCAUCAGCUGUUCAAGAAGACACUUUCAUUUUUCUGAGAGCUUUGGUUCAGCAGGCUUUUUCAUUUGCAAUAAUUUAAGACAUUGAUUUAUGAUGUUUGUAAAGGGCCUUCUUUCCUUUUGAUACCUUUGGGUAUCCUCUUGAUCCAUGUUAAACAAACCAAUAAAGCUUCCUUUUGUUCUUUACUGUAAUAUUAA